AUGGCGGGUGAAGAACAGACCCAUCGGGCGCAUCGCCCGACUAAGGAGAAGAAGGGCAAAGACAAGAGCCAGCCGAACCCAAAGGCAUUCGCCUACGCAGCACCAGGACGAUUGGCAAAGCAGGCGGCGAGGAGCCACGAUGUUAAGGAAAAGAGACUGCAUGUUCCCUUGGUCGAUAGACUUCCAGAGGAGGCUCCACCUCUGGUUGUCGGAGUCGUUGGACCUCCCGGUGUGGGAAAGACGACACUGAUAAAGAGCUUGGUACGACGAUACACGAAGCAGACUGUUACAGAUCCUACUGGACCAAUUACAGUCGUGACGGGCAAGAGACGGCGACUCACGAUCAUGGAAUGCCCGAGCGACAGCCUUGCUGCUGCGGUCGACCUAGCAAAGGUGGUGGAUAUCGUACUGCUCAUGAUCGACGGUAACUAUGGCUUCGAGAUGGAAACCAUGGAAUUCUUGUCUGUCCUGAGCAGCACUGGUAUGCCAGGUAACGUGUUUGGGAUUCUCACCCACUUGGACCUCUUCCGGAAGCAAGAUACCCUCAAGGCCCAAAAGAAGAGACUGAAGCACCGUUUCUGGUCGGAGCUCUAUCAGGGAGCGAAGCUUUUCUAUCUCUCCGGUGUGAUCAACGGCAGAUAUCCCGAUCGAGAAGUACUGAACCUGUCGCGCUUCCUCAGUGUCAUGAAGAAUCCGCGACCGCUGGUGUGGCGCAAUUCCCACCCCUAUGCUCUGGCCGACCGGAUGCUCGAUAUCACCCCUCCAACCACUGUCGAAAAGGAUGCGAAAUGCGAUCGAACCAUAGCAUUAUAUGGCUACCUGCGAGGUACCAACUUUCCUUCGAACGAUGCAAGAGUUCAUGUCCCUGGUAUUGGGGAUCUGAAAGUAGAACGAGUCGAGAAGCUGCCAGAUCCAUGUCCCACGCCUUACUUCACGCAAGAGCAGGAAAAGAAAGAAGGGACGAAAAAGAGAAGGAGACUCGGCGACAAGCAGAAACUCAUCUAUGCUCCGAUGAGCGAUGUUGGAGGUGUCCUGGUGGACAAGGAUGCAGUGUACAUCGAUGUCAAAAGCAACACGUUCGAUGCUGAGGAAGACGACGAGGAGAGAGGUCUCGGCGAGCAAAUGGUCGUCGGACUUCAAGGAGAGCGGAAGUUGCUUGGAGAAGACGAUCAGGGCAUUGCGCUGUUUGAUCGAGGCGAGAGGCUGCGGCAACUGGACGACGAGGAAAGGCACGAUACGGGUCGGCGCAGCGCAAGGAAGCCAACCGUUGUAGAGCGGGAUGAUCAGGAUGAUGAAGACGUCGAGGAUGAGGGCUUUGCCAGUGCCGAUACAGACGAUGAUGCUGACCUGGACACGUUGCAGCAAGCUCCAGAGAAGCUGGGUCGAUCUCGUAAGGACAAGGAUCGCGAAGUCGAUGGCGACGUUGCAUUUGCAGAUUCCGACAGUGACUUGGGCUUCCUUUCAUCGGUAUCUGACCAGGACCUUGAAGACGACUCAGAAGCCGAUGAGGAUGAGGAUGAGGAUGAUGACGGUGCUGCCCGCUGGAAGAGCAACUUGUCGCAACGUGCCAAAGACUUGCAAGGCCGAAGACAGCCAUACCGGGUCGCCGAGUUGGCGAAGAUGAUCUACAAUGAUAUGCUGUCGACUGCGGAUAUCGUGAAGAAGUGGCGAGGCGAAGACGAGAGGGGAGAUGACAGAGAUGCCGAGGAGCAAGAUGAUGACUUCUUCAAGAGGAGACGACCUGGAUCCAUCGAACAAGACGAUGAUCGAAUGAUUCCCGAAUUUGACUACGAAGAACUGGAACAGAAGUGGACUGAUGAAGACAACGUGGAAGCAUUAAGACAGCGCUUUGCAUCCACACGUCUAACAGGCGCUAACGGUGAAGAACUGGGCGACAGAGAAGAUGAUGAGUUCGAAGGCAUCGCCGACGAUGAAGAUGAGGGUGAUGGCGAGUUUGAGGAUUUGGAGGCAGGGGAGAGCCAUGGCGCAGCUGAAGAGACCAUCGAAGACGAGCGAGAAAAGAACGCUCGGAAGAAGGAGGAGCUGAAGUUGCGUUUCGAGGAGGAAGACCGUGAAGGCUUUCUCAAUCCUAAAAACACCAACCGCGAAGCCAAUGGAAAGGCCGAAGAGCAAGAGUAUGGCGAGGAUGAGUGGUAUGAUGCCCAAAAAGCCUUGCUUCAAAAGCAGCAAGAAAUCAACAGGAGCGAAUUCGAGGCACUGGAUGAAGCCUCCCGGGUACGUGCUGAGGGUUUCCGAGCUGGCACGUAUGCUCGUCUCAUCCUCUCAUCCGUACCUUGCGAGUUCACCGAGAACUUCGAUUCGAGGUUCCCGCUCCUGAUCGGUGGCUUGCAGCCUACUGAAGAACGAUUCGGAUUUGUCCAGGUUCGGAUCAAGCGCCACAGAUGGCACAAGAAGAUCCUGAAGACGAACGACCCACUCAUUUUCUCGCUGGGUUGGCGGCGAUUCCAAUCGACUCCAGUCUACAGCAUCAGCGACUCACGGACGAGGAACAGGAUGCUCAAGUAUACGCCAGAGCAUAUGCACUGCUUUGGCACGUUCUACGGUCCUUUGGCGGCUCCAAACACCGGUUUCUGUUGCGUGCAAAACUUCUCAAACAAGAAUCCUGGCUUUCGAAUAGCAGCUACCGGUGUCGUGCUGAACGUGGACGAAGGCACUGAGAUUGUGAAGAAGCUGAAGCUGACGGGUCAUCCCUACAAGAUCUUCAAAAACACCGCAUUCAUCAAAGAUAUGUUUGGUUCGGCCCUUGAGAUUGCCAAGUUUGAAGGCGCUGGCAUCAAGACCGUCUCUGGCAUCCGAGGUCAGAUCAAGAAGGCACUCUCCAAGCCUGAGGGCUGCUUCAGGGCUACCUUUGAAGACAAGGUCUUGAUGAGCGACAUCAUAAUCCUUCGAGCUUGGUAUCCUGUCAAGCCUCAUCGCUUCUACAACCCUGUCACCAAUCUUUUGGAAGGAGGUUCGGCAGACUCGUGGGAAGGCAUGCGUCUGACUGGUCAGGUCCGUGCUGCACAGAACAUUCCAACACCAAAAGAGAAGAAUAGCACAUACAGGCCAGUGGAGCGUCAAGAGCGUCAUUUCAACCCUCUUCGCGUACCUCGCAAGCUGCAGGCGGAUCUACCAUACAAGUCUCAGAUCACACAGAUGAAGCCGCAAAAGAAGGAUACGUAUACAUCGAAGCGUGCUGUUGUUGUUGGCGGUGAGGAGAAGGUUGCACGUAGACUCAUGCAACAAGUCAUGACUUUGAGGAACGAGAAGAUCGAGAAGCGUCGCCAGAAACAGGAGGAAAGACGGCAACCGUACCGUGCCAAGGUCGCAGAGAAUGACGAGAAGAGAAAGGAGCGUGAGAAGCGUGAGCGAGAUGACUUCUGGAAGCGGGAGGGCAGGAAGAGGAAGAGCUGGGCCGAUGGUGCUGAAGGCGGUAGCGGUGGUGGAAAGAGGAGGAAGAAGGCGUAG